AUGGCUUCUGAAGACUUUGCAAUGGGGAUUUUUCUCUUCUCCCAGACUACAGUGGGAAUGCUUGGAAAUUCUUCAAUACUAUUUUAUUAUAUCAUUUUGAUAUCUACUGGAAAGCCUUUAAUGCCCAAAGACGUGAUUAUAGAGCAUUUGACUUUUGCCAACUGCUUGUCUGUCAUCUCAAAAGGCAUUCCACAGACACUGUUGAAUUAUGGAUUUAAAGAUUUCCUGGAUGAUAUUGGAUGUAAGUUAAUAAACUAUGUUUACCGAAUAACAAGGGGAAUGUCCCUGUAUUCAAUGUGCAUACUGAGUUGCUUCCAAGCAAUCACAAUUAGCCCCAACAACUACAGGUGGGUGACACUUAAACAAAGAGCUACUAAGUACAUUGGUCCCUCCUGCUCAGUGGGCUGGCUUGUGCAUCUCUUUCUAAACAUCAUGAUUCCACUAAGAGUAUCAGGUCCCAGGUACAACAAAAAUGUGACUAAGUGGGAGAUUUAUGAAUACUGCUCAUGGUUUACUUUUGGAAAUGUGGGAGCUGCAUUGUAUAUGUUCUUACUGUGUUUCUCUGAUGGACUAUGUCUGGGUCUCAUGACCUGCUCAAGUGUCUCCAUGGUGAGUAUUCUCUACAGACAUAAGAGACAAGUCAAAUAUAUCCAUAGUUCUCAGCACUUUCUAAAUGCUUCACCUGAAAACAGAGCCACCCAAUCUAUCCUCAUCCUAGUGUGCACUUUUGUCAUCUCUUAUUUGUUCUCCUCCAUUAUGGUUAUAUUCAUGUCCUACUUCAAAUAUCCAAUGUUACUGCGAGUAAGUGUAUUUACAUUUCUGGAAACAUGCUUUCCCAUAAUUUGCCCCUUUGUUCUUAUGAGCAAUAUCAAGCCUAGUUUUAGCCUGUUUUUAUCCUGCUUUUGUAAGUGA